CGCAAAGUCCCAUUUUACCAAUCAGCAAGAAAUUUUGGUGGAAAGUGGAAUUUUCAAAUGAUUGUAAAAGCCAAGAAGCAUUGCGACAUUGCGACAUUACACCUGAAUUGGACUCCAACAUUGAAGUUUGCGAAUACCUAUUAAUGCGGAAAACCUAAUAUCUAAAGUCAUAAGAGGAAAGCAAACGAAAUCAUGGGUCGGGAUCUUCAAAAGCGCAAGAGGCGAUCGUCUCGCAACGCCAUCCGACAACCAUCCUCCAACAAAUCGAAGCGUCUUCUAAACCCACUAGGGAAUGACACUGUGGCGAGGAACUGGAACAAAAAGGAGACUGCGUCACAAAACUACCGCCGUCUAGGCCUAGUAUCCCGCUUGAAGGCGCCGGCAGGUGGUGUAGAGCCCAGCGCCAGAGUGAAAUCCGCCAAACCCGCAGACCCCUUCGCCAUUACCUCCCAGCCAGCCGGCGCCGUCAUCGGCGAGGUGCGCGUGGAGCGGGAUGAAAACGGGCGGAUCGUGCGCGUGCUACACGGGUCAGGGCCGAAGGAGAACCCAUUGAAUGACCCCUUAAACGACUUAGAUUCCGACGAUGAUAUGGAAGACGAGGAAGCGGCCGAGGAAUGGGAAGGCAUUGACGAAGUGGAGGACGGCACCGGGAUCUUCCCCGAACUCGAGACCCAGGCCAAUCGACCCGUAGCUAAGAAAGUGAAAACUCUGAGCAAGAGAGAGGCCGAAUGGUUGCAAAGACUCGUGGAGAAGUAUGGCGAUGACACAAAAGCCAUGGCGAGGGAUCGGAAGUUAAAUCCGAGACAACAGACAGAGGCGGAUAUUGCACGGAGGAUAAAAAAGCUGAAGAGCCCGUCUGCUUAAAAAGGGGCUAAAAAGGAGGCUACACCCAGCUUUCAGGGUUUUGAGACAAUUGCAUUGCAAGGCGUUAUAGGAUCUCAGAUUUGCUCUGGCUGAUAGAAGCCAGGACUCGCAACAAAAGUGCUCUUGGAAGCGCCAAAAAGUGAUAUAUCAUUGACAACUUUAACUACCGUCGUCCAAAGAUCCAAAUACCCGUGUAUCCCAUGUAUUACGAACUAGCCUAGACAACAAUCCGUAAUUAGUAGAGCAGUACAGUACCACGCAGUUGAGCAUCGCCACGUCAACCAUAGAGAAAGCCGAGACACCCCAGAUG